GGAAAUAACCUGCUUCUGUGAUGCUCUGUUUUGAAGAAGGAAAUACCUCUGAGCCUUAAAAUUCCCAGCUCAAGCUCAGUCUCAUCCUAUUGAAUAUUCCUUUCUAAUACCAUCCACUUCUAUUCUGUACUACCAGGGAACAAGAGUGGAAGGGAGAAUUGAACUCCAUGUUUUCCUGUAAUCCCAGCUUCAUCAUUAGGAUACCUAAUAUCCUAACAUAAUCAUGAAGUACAUUUUUCUUUUUAUUCUCCUUGCUGGUGAAUUUUCCUUUGGUUAUACAGAUGAGCAGAUUGAUGAUCCAGCACCCUACCUUGUAUAUAUCAAAAACCAAUUUAGCCCUUGUGUAGGUGUUCUGAUCCAUCAACAGUGGGUCCUAGCAGCUGCUCACUGCUACUUACCGAGCCUCAAAGUAAAGCUGGGAAAUUUUAAGAAAAGAGUUAGAGAUGGGACAGAACAGACCAUUAAUUCUGUCCAAACCAUUCCUUAUUGGAAUUUGAGCACAGAUUCUUCUGAGCACAACCUCAUGCUCAUCAAGUUAUCUACACCUGCAGUUCUGAAUGAAAAGGUCCAGCCCAUGGCCCUGCCCACUAAAAAUGUCCCUAGAGGCACACAGUGUAUUAUCUCUGGCUUGGAUUGGAGUGUAAAAAAUAGUGGCAAGCACCCUGACCUUCGUCAAACCUUUGUAGCAUCUCUGCUGUCAGAUAAAGAGUGCCAGGAAACAAAACAAGGAAAAGUCAGCAAAAACAGGAUAUGUGUGAAAUUCUUAAAGUCAUUCGAGAGAAUUUUUGUGGAAGCAAUAUUGGCUGCUGUCAUCUGCAAAGAUAAGAUUCAAGGGAUAGAGGUUGGGAAUUUCCUGGGAGGUAACAUUGGUGUCUACACUAACAUCUUCCAUUAUAUCCCUUGGAUCCAGAAAAUUAUGUCCAUGAAAUGAGUUGCCUUUGUUUCCCCAAGUUAUGCUAUUGCAAGGGAAAAUUAAAUGUGAUAUUUCAUUUUUAUUAAAAGGAAUAUGACAUUC